CUGAUUUCCAUUCCAUCCCAACUGACAUUUCAUCGAACACUUAGCGCAUUUCACUGUUUCUCAGCCCAUAACGCCAUGGAGUUCUUCAACAAAGCUAAAGCCGUCAGGCUGAAAAGCCACCUCGGCAAGUACCUGGUCGCCGGUGACGAUGAAGAAGCGGUGCGGCAGAGCCGCGACGGGUCCUCCAGCAGGGCUCGGUGGGCGGUGGAGUUCGUGGAGGGGAGGAGCCACGUGGUGCGCCUCAAGAGCUGCCACGGGCAGUACCUCACCGCCGCGGACGAGCCCUUCCUCCUGGGCAUGACGGGAAAGAAGGUGGUCCAGACGCAGGUGACGGUGGCGACGGCGAGAGCGAUGGAGUGGGAGCCCAUAAAAGAAGGGUUCCAGGUGAAGAUGAGGGCGCGGAGAGGGAAGUUUUUGCGGGCGAACGGGGGGACGCCGCCGUGGAGGAAUUCGGUGACGCACGACGUGCCCCACAGGAGUGCGACGCAGGAUUGGGUGCUGUGGGAGGUGGAGGUGGUGGACAUUAAGGAGUUUGAUUUGGAGUUGUCGGCGUCGAAUCAUAUGUCGCCGGCUUGGAGCUUUUCUUCUGUGUUUUCUGAGGAUUUGGAGGCUUUGGACACUGCGUCGUCGCCGACACUCUCCUCCAUUAGUAGCUCUCGACAUGCUUCGGGCAGACAGAGUGAAACAAUGGAGCUCUUCAACAAUGCAAGAUGCAUAAGGCUUAGAGGCCGCCACGACAAGUACCUCCUCGCCGACGAAGACCAGGAGGGCCUCUGCCACGACCGCAACGCUUCGUCCCGAAGGUCUAAAUGGACCGUUGAGUUCGUCGAAGGCGGCAGCUUCAUCCGCCUCAGAUCCUGUUAUGGGAAAUACCUCACGGCCACUGAUAUCCCAUUUCUUCUAGGUGUGACUGGAAAGAAGGUUCUCCAAACCACUCCCAGAAGGCUAGAUUCCUCUGUUGAAUGGGAGCCCAUCAGAGAAGGCUUCCAGGUUCGCCUCAAGACCCGCUACGGCAAUUUCCUGCGCGCAAACGGGGGCGUCCCGCCGUGGCGUAAUUCGAUAACUCAUGACAUUCCCCACAGGACUGUAACACAAGAUUGGAUUUUGUGGGAUGUUGAAGUCGUAGACUUAGUGCAACUCAGAUCAAAAGAGCCCGUACCCGUAUCGCAACCCACCAGUCGAACCAAUUCCUCGCUUACGGAAUCGAGUUCGCCGGCCGUGAUAUCUUUGAAGUCCCCUAGAUUGUCCUUCAAGUCCCCUAAACUGACCAAACAGGAGUCUAGCGAUUCAUUUGUCGGUUCUCCAGUGAAGGAUCGAGGGCGGGAUAUUUAUUACAGUGUUGCUGAUGAUUAUGGGGACGUAGAUGAAGGGAUUGAAGAGGCCAAUUUGAGUUACAAGGGAAAUGAAGUAGAAGAAUUGAAACAGAAGUUGGAGGAAGAGACAGGGCUGGAUGAUGUCAUCGUGUGUUCUCGAAAUCCACUGAAUGGGAAGCUUUUUCCCCUUCGGCUGGCUCUGCCUCCCAACAACACAACCAUGCAUGUUGUUGUGGUUCCAUCAUCAUCACAAGGUUGGUUUUACAGUUUAUCCCUUCUUCUAAUGCCUGCAAAAUGGUACAGGCUUAAAGACACAAGCCAAAACUCAAUUUUUGCCUUCAGCACUUGUCCCCCUUUUGCUUGGCCUAAUGAAGUUUAUGUGCAUGUUUUAUCAGCUGCAAGAUACCUUGAGACACCAGAGAGUCCCACUCCAACAUAACCAGGCAGUACGUACAGCAACCAAAUGUGGGCAAUGAAAAUUUGCGGAAGCAGUGUUGAUCAAUUGGCUUCAAAACUGCUAUUGCAUGCUUGCUUGAUCGAAAAUUCGAAACCAGAGUUAGGCUAGAACGAUUUUGUUGCAUUGUUUGAGCUAGGAUGCGAAAGGAGUACCAUAUCAUGCAAAUAGUUAUGCUACUGCAGAUAGUGGGAGAGCAGCUUGUAUGCUGGGUGGCUUGUCAUGUGAAUAUAAUUGCAAGUGUGGUCAUGGAGGAUGAAGGUCUACUGAAUUCUUUCAUGGUUAAAAUAAAUCAUCUGUUUUGCCUUC